CUUAUGUUUCUUCGUACUCGUACUUUGGCACGCUUUCGACCUUUGCUUUCUCCUGUGUAUAUCCCCACAUAUCGAUCAUUCAGCUCAACGACAGCCAUAAUGACAAAAGUCGCCGUCGCCCAGAUCCUGUCGACCCACGACGUGAAGCACAACCUCGCGGUCUCGGCCAAGGUUGUGCGCGACGCCGUUGCUGAAGGAGCAAAGGCCGUGUUCCUCCCCGAGGCGGCCGAUUUCAUCGCACGCAGCGCUCAGGAGACGUUCGAGCUCUCCGCUCCCCUCUCGAAGCACGAGUACACCAAGGGAUUGCAGGCGCUCGCCAAGGAGCUCGGCGUCGUCAUCUCCGCCGGCGUACACGACCUUCCCGAGGCGUACGAGAACGACGACGAGCCAGAGAGCAGCUUGAGGGUGUACAACACCCAUGUGCUCAUCGGCACUGACGGCGAGCUGCUCGCGCGGUACCGCAAGAUCCACCUCUUCGACGUUGAGCUGCAGCAGGCGGCUGGGGCAGACGGCGUCGUUCCAGCUCCUAAGCGUACUGGCGAGUCGGACCGUGUUCGCCCUGGCAAGGAGAUUGUGCCUCCCGUCGCUGUCAACGGGCUGGGCAAGGUCGGCCUCGAGAUCUGCUACGACCUUCGCUUCCCCGAGCUGCACAUCAUCCAGACGCGCCUGGGUGCUCAGAUUCUCACCUUCCCGUCGGCUUUCACGCUCAAGACUGGCAAGGAUCACUGGGCCACCCUCCUCCGGGGUAUCGCGAUCCAGUUCCAGGUCUACGUGCUCGCCUCCGCACAGUACGGUGCCCACAACCCCCAGCGUUCGUCGUGGGGUGAGGCCCUGGCCUUCGACCCCUGGGGCCGCCAGCUCGGCCGCCUGCGUAGCGUCGAGGACGACGGUGACAAGGCCAGCAUUGACAAGGUGUACGCCGAGGGCGGCGAGUACUUCCUCACGGACAUUGACCUUGACACGGUCACGAGCACGAGGAAACAGAUCCCCCUGGCCUUCCAGAAGCGGACCGACAUCUACGGCGUGGUGGGCAAGGAGCUUCCUCCCCACCCUAUCUAGUUGUACACUUGUAGUGUUCUGGGCCUAUGCAUAGAGGGUGGAAUGGG